ACCCAAUCCAGCCCCAUUCCCCCCCAAGUCCUGACCGUCCUGCCCGUCCUGCCCCGUCCUGCCCCGUCCUGCGGCGCUCCCGUGCCUCUGAAACCUGUCCUACCCUUUUCCCCGUCGCCCUCCCCCGACUUUCUUCUUUCCAUAUGAGUUCUAUGAACUCCCGCUUCAAGAGCUUUGGCUUCGGAAAACGCAAAUCCGCCGCAAGCAUCCAGACCCCCGAGGGUCUCACCCCGAGUCCGACCCCUCCUCCCGGCCAAAUACCUCAGCAGCAACUACUUCACCAACAACGCUUCCCGUCUCAACAACAACCGCAGCAACCGCAGCAGCCUCACCACGCUCCCGCGCCCUCCAUCGGUGCCUCCUCUUCGACUACCAGCCUCCCAAUGAAUCACCCGGGUUCUGGCAACCGCCCGCCCAGCUACUCGGCCAACUUCCCUCCCGGCCAGGCUCCCGUUGGCCGCACCAGCCCUCACGUCAACCAGAACCGCACCCCUCCCAGCCAGAUGGUAGGAGGACCACCCCCGAUCAACACCGGCGCCCCCGUCGGCUACCCUCCCAACAUGAACCCCAUGGGUCAGGGACCUCCCCCGAUGGGCGGUCCCCCGGGCUUCGGCCAGCAGCAACAACAAGUCCAGGGCUAUCCUCCCGCCGGAGGUCCCCCGCCGCCCCAGGGCCCUCCCCUCGGCCAGCAGUUCGGGCGGGGUAACCCGGCGGCUGAGGUCGAGGGCGCCAGCAGGAGUAAGGCACAGCUGAUUGUCGGAAUCGAUUUCGGAACCACCUUUUCCGGUGUUGCUUUUGCCUUCGCGACCAACAACGAGGCCAAGGAAGAUAUCAUCACCGAGUGGCCAGGAGCUGGCAACUUGACCAAGCAAAAGAUCCCGACCGUCCUCUACUACGACCAAUAUCAGAAGGUGGUAGGAUGGGGUCCUGAUAUCGCCGAUGCCCUGGCGCCCACCGGCUACCCCAAGCCUGGUGUGCAAAAGGUCGAGUGGUUCAAGCUGCAGCUGAUGCUUAGCGGUAACACCUACAUCGACCCCAUCAACCUCCCUCCUCUGCCCCCAGGCAAGUCAGAGAUUGACGUUGCCGCCGACUACCUCUUCAAGCUCCGCCAGGCUAUGCGCACGGCGCUGCAGAAGACCCUUGGUGAGGUGUUCAACCGAGAAGAGCGCAACAUCCGAUACUACCUUACCGUGCCCGCCAUCUGGAACGAUGCCGGCAAGGCCGCCACUCGAUCCGCAGCCAUCCAGGCUGGUUUCCUCCGGGACGAGAACGACAACCGCCUAACCCUGGUCUCUGAACCCGAGGCCGCUGCCCUCUUCUGCUCAAAGACUGGUCUGCUGAACCUCAAGGUCCACGACGCCGUCCUGAUUGUCGAUUGCGGUGGUGGGACCGUCGAUUUGAUCGCCUACGAGGUCGAGGAGGAGAACCCCUUCACUGUCGCCGAGUGCACGGCUGGAUCUGGUGACUCUUGCGGUUCUACCGCCCUGAACCGCAACUUCAGCAACAUCCUGCGCACAAAGAUCCGCAAGAUGAAGCUCCCCGAUGGCUCCAAGACGGCCGGCCGUGUCUACGCCAAGUGCAUCAUGGACUUUGAGAACCGAAUCAAGGCCGACUUCCGGAAUAACGGCCAGAAGUGGGCUGUCGAUGUCGGUAUCGAGGCUGAGUUCCCCGAGGCCGGUAUCGAGGAGGGUUACAUGACCUUCACCAACGAGGAGAUUCUCCAGUGCUUCGAGCCCGUCGUCAACCGCAUUCUGGAGCUUGUGCGAAACCAGAUCAUUGCCAUCCAGGCCCAGAACCGCACCCUGCAGAACAUUCUGGUCGUCGGUGGUUUCGGUGCCUCCGAGUACCUCUUCCAACAGAUCAAGCUGCACGUCCCUCCCCAGUUCCAGUCCAAGGUCGUCCGACCCAUGGACUCAGUCGCCGCCAUUGUCAAGGGCGCCGUCACCGCCGGUAUCACCGAGCGAAUCAUCACCCACCGUGUCGCCCGUCGCCACUACCUCAUGGCCACUCUCCAGCCCUUCAAGGAGGGUUACCAUCCCGAGGCGUACCGUGUGCCCUCUCUCGAUGGCAAGGACCGAUGCAAGUUCACCCGACAGAUUUUUGUCCAGAAGGGCCAGAAGGUCAAGAGCGGCGAGCCUGUCAAGGUUUCCUUUUUCCGACAAGUCGCCCCCGGUGCCACUCUCAUGUACGAGGAUGUCCUGUACGCCUGCGACGACGAUGUCUGCCCCGAGUAUACUAAGGAUCCCCGAAUCAAGGAGGUCGUCACCCUCACCUCGGAUCUGUCACGCAAGAACCUGGAGAAGGACUUCGAGCGCAUGGAUACCCCUCAAGGCACCUUCUACCGUGUCUACUUUGAUAUUUACCUGACUUUGGAUGGUUCCGAAUUCAGCGCCGAGUUAGUCUGCCAAGGCGAGGUUAUGGGCCGUUGCCGAGCACGUUUCCGGUAGAUGUGAGGCUGGGGAAGGAAGGAGAACGCAAGUGGACGAUACAUUUCGGGUUUCGCUGAGAAACCAUAUGAUACCUCGGAAAAGACACAAACGAAGACGAGACGACAGGGCUGAGACGUCUCUUCCACGAGCGUCCCGAGUGCGAUGACAGACCGCGAGCGAGGAACUCAGGCGAGGCGCACCGUCUUGGGGCAGAUCCAAAUGAGGCUGUGGCAACCAUGUCGAGGAGCGGGGAGGAUUUUUAUUGUUGGAUGAUCUUGGCAAGAAGGGGUUAAAUAGUUGGGCACGGUAGACAGACUUACACGAGCCUUGGAGUUUGACUUCUAAGUUCCAGAUGGGGGAGGGAGUUGCAGCAUGAACGAUCAUGAUGAUUGCCCGGUAUAUAGACAAUUGAAGCUAGUUGAAGUCA